CCUUGUUCAUCGAAGAAGCACUUUCCCUCGGUGCGGGAAUUUAAAUAUCGCUCCGUCUCUUCAUAACAAAAUAUGGAACCAGUCUUAUGUUCUGGACACAAAAAAGAAUGUUACUUGAAAACCGGAGGGAAACCUGGCCCUAAUUUCAAAAGGAGUUUUUAUGUGUGUAGUGUACGCGAGUCUCGUUGUGACUUUGUUCAACCUGUGAGCAUAACUCCUAGAAACUGUGAUAAACAUCCAUCAGCUAUUGUUGAAUUGCAGGCCAUUUAUCGCAAAGAUAGCGAAAACCGGUGUUACUACCGAUGUAAUCAAAAAAAGGAAGGAACAGACUGGUGCGGUUUUAGGAUGAGAAAAGCUCUGAAGGAAAAUGAGAAACCCAUCAAGAGUAAUAAACAAGCAAACCCAUCAUCCAAGCAUGAAAUUACGAAGGAAUUGGCUAAAGGUGAAAAGAAAGAGCUGCCAUCAUUUUCAUCAUUGAGUAAGUCUGAGCACAAAGCGCCGUUGUUUGGAAAAGAAGACAAGUUGGAAGACAAUAAACCUGUGAAGGAUGGUAAUGAUAGCUUCACGCAAUGGAGGGACAGUCCAGUCAAAGAUACUUCAAGGCAGAAGGAGAAAGCCAGUCUUACAUCUGCUCUUCAAAAACAAAAGGAGCUGUUAUCUCGUGUGCAGUUGUCAGCACUCCCUGACAAAGGUGCUCGUCUCAAAGAAAAUAUUCAACAAUUGGAAAGUAAGAUCCAAAAUAUAGAUCUAAAUAAAGAUGUUUCCAGAACUUCUAAGACACAUACUGAACCUGAAAUCAUCAGAGUCCAUCCACCAAAUGAACCAGGAGGUCAACCCAUACACAAAACAGUGAAUAAGCCAACACAUAGUGAACCCGAAAUCAUCAGAGUCCAUCCACCAAAUGAACCAGGAGGUGAACCCGUACACAAAACAGUAAAAAAGCCAAGCCAGCAAGGAUCAUCGAGUGUAAAGAAUGAAGUUGAUAGUGAUGAUGAUGAACCAUCGUCAGCUUCUGAUUACUCUGAAAAGUUACAAAUACAUAAACAUCACAAUCCUCAAAAUUUAAGACAAGUCAAACUCACUGAAGCUUUUGCUUUACCAAAAGAAUUUCUUGAAGGAAGUUAUUCACAAGCCGGUUGGCAGCCUGCAACACUGUAUGGAGGUCGAAUGACCGUAACACGUCUCGAAGAAGUGAGGAACGCAAUGGAUAAAAUUACUAACUCUUUGCAUGAGCAACUCAAAACUUGUCCAAAAGAAGAUGAAGAAGAGGAAGAUCCUCGAGGUUUGAAGGUCUCUUUGAUGCCUCAUCAGAAACAUGCUUUAGCCUGGUUACUCUGGAGGCAGAAACAGAACCCUUCCGGUGGUAUUUUAGGUAAGAAAAUCAUGUUUGAUUUUGGGUUUAUUUUGCUUAUGUGUCCUGUUGGGGUGCUGGUAUGCCUAAAUGACAGUAUGGUGUGGUUCAAAGAUGAUUUAGCUGCUAUUUUUAGCAGAUUGAGCAAAUAUCUGAAGACUCUCUUCCAACACCGGAUUUCUUCUGUUUCUUUCUUUCACAUAGACAGCAGACGUGUAAUAAAGAGUAAAGCCACCCUGAUCAUCACACCUGCUUCCCUGGUACACCAGUGGGGAAAAGAAGUUGAGGCCAGGUGCAAAAGCGGUUCGUUAGAUGUCCUUAUAUACCAUGGACCAAAACGAGAGAAGAAUGUCAGUGUGAUAACUUCUAAGGAUGUUGUUCUCACUACAUAUAAGGUUGUUAGUUUGGAAAUUGGACGGAAGGAAGACACUGCAAUUGCUGACCGAUCUCUCACUGAAGAAGAAGAGAAUGAGGCAGAAAAUGAGCCAGAAAGUCAAGGUAAAUUGCCGCUGCUGUUGCAAAUACAUUGGAAGAAUGUAAUUCUUGAUGAAGCUCAUGAUAUUCGAAACUAUAAGUCCCUCACUGCAACAUCAGUUACUCGAUUAAAAGCUUCGUCCAGGUGGAUGUUGACAGGUACACCCAUCCAGAAUAAAUUGUUAGAUAUGUAUUCUCUACUCAGAUUCCUACGUUUUAGACCAUUUGAUGAAUAUAAAGUAUGGAAAAAUCAGGUUGAAAGCAACGAGAGAAUGGGUAAAACUCGCUUGAACAUCAUUGUGCAAUCUUUAUUGUUAAGAAGAACCAAAGAUCAGACUGUGAAUGGGAAACCACUGAUUAAAAUGACCAAGAAGAAACUAUUGAGCUACAAGCUGAAGUUGUCACCCAAGGAACAAGAACUGUACAAUAAGAUUUUCAAAAGAAUUCAAUCAGUGGUCCAAGAUUACAUUCGCUCACAUAUGGACAAGGAUUCACUUCUUGCAGAUAACUCUUCAUCCUCUAAGAAUCAUCACCAAAAACAAAGCACUUCUUCUCAAAGUAGAUCCACAACUACAAAGAAACCGACUGGUAAAGAUGUCUUGGUGUUUCUACUCAGAUUAAGACAGUGCUGUUGUCAUCUUAGUUUGUUGAGAGAAUCAAUUGAUAAAGAGAUGACUGAAGAAAUUGGUCUUGACUUGUCUCUGACUGAGCAGCUGAACGACCUAACCUUACAAGAGAAUGAUUUAAAGGGAUAUCUUGAUGAAGAUUGUAAGAAUGAAAACAAAAACCAACAGGAUGUUAAACAGAAACACAGUGAUAUCUUCUGCCUCGAAUCUCAGAGUACAAAAAUCAAAGCACUUAUUGAGAUGCUGCAAGAAAUCUAUAAGAACACAGAAGGCAGUGUCAAAUGUGUUGUUGUAUCACAGUGGACAAAAUUGUUGAUGAUUGUAAAAUACCACAUCACGCAGGCUCAUUUUACGUAUCAUCUCAUUGAUGGGGCCAUUCCUCCAAAGAAACGGUCAGAGAUUGUUGAUGACUUCAACACAAAUCCAAACGGUGCAAAGAUAUUACUUCUGUCAUUGAAAGCUGGUGGUGUUGGUCUGAAUUUGAUCGGCGGCAGACAUUUGUUUUUACUUGACAAUCACUGGAACCCAGCUUUGGAAGAACAAGCCAGCGAUCGUAUCUAUAGAGUUGGUCAAAAACAUGAUGUUGAGAUUCAUCGGUUUGUCUGUCAGGACACAAUUGAGGAGAAAAUUUUAACAUUACAAAAUCAGAAACGUAAAUUGGCCAAAGAUGUAUUGACAACGUCAGGACAAACCAAUAGUCGGUUGCAACUUAAUGACUUGCGAAUGCUGUUUGAGAUUAAAUGAACAGAAGGGAGAAAAAGAAGAAAAAAAGGAAAUUUUUUACUUGCAUGUCCUUUUUGCUAUGGUUUAUGCUUUUGAUAAGAUUAUAUUUUUAUAUUUGUGAAAUAUCCAAAACGACUAGACUCUAAAUUGAAAUGAUCUAGCGUUGUAAGAGUUUUACUUCAUUCCUGUUACUUGUUAAUUAUUAAAUAAUUAUAAUUACAGAGAAGAAAGUAAAUUUCGAAUACAGUAUGGCUGGGAAAACAGCAGAAAGAUUGGCUAUUUUACUCUUAUAAGAUAAGAUAGAAAAGAAGUUGCCAGAAGGUGACUGACAAAUUUUUUUUGUCUUAUCUUAUAAGGGUUGAAGUACCCAGCCUUUCUACUGUUUUCUUAGCUAUACUGCGUUUGAAAUUUACUUUAUUCUUUGUAACAUACCAAACACAUUUGAUGUUUAUAAAAUUAUAAUUAUUAUUGUCAGAAAUUGUGGAACUCUGAAAAGCAUUUAGUUUCUUUGUUGGCAUCUUGAAUUCAAAUUCUGCAGGGAUCAGAUGCAUGGACAUAUUAGACAAUUUAGGCAGUGCAUAUUCAGGAAGAAAUGAUUUUAGUGCUUUAACCUUUUCGCUUUCAAAUUACACCAUCGAAUAUAGUGCCUUUUUAUACAAAAUGUUUUGACUUAACCCUGCAUUAUCUUAUAGCUUUCAGACUUCCAUGAUAUGAUUUUAGAAUGUUAGUGUAGGUUAGUUGUGAAAGAUUAGAUGUGGCCAAUUUGGACUGGAUUUGGCUGGUUUAAAUGCUAAAGGAUUAAAGAUUAUGUGAGACCCAACUUCAUUUAUAGGACCCAGGGUGAUGUUUUAUUUUGAGACAUGCUAAGUUUUCAAAUAUGGCACUACUAAUCAAGUACUGGUGUAUAAUCUUGUACUUAAUUUGUAAGAUAAUUAUUUUUAUUAAAAUUGUUUUUAAUAUUUGUUCAAA